AAAUAUUUCAAAGUUGCAAAUAAUAAAAAUCGGAGGUAAUAUUUCUUUACAAGGGUAGAGUGUGUGAAUAAUAUUACUCGGUAUUAAAAAAAAGGAAAAAAUACAUAUAGAGGGGACAUAAUAAAACCAUGGUAAACAAAAUUAAGCAUUUAUUUAAAGAAAUUAAUAAAAAAAAAGCAUGAACUUUUUCAAUUUUAGUUGCAGUAUCCACAAACACCAUAUUACCCAAUCACAACCCACCACCUUCAAUACCCUUUGCUCAGUUUUCUCUCUCCAGCUCUGUCUCUGCUCUGCCUUGUCUCUGAAAGAUCUCCCCUUUCUUUUAUUUCUAUUUUAUUUUCCCUUUUUUUUUUUUUCAUUUUUUCCCUCCUCUUUCUUUGUGCAUAGAUGUGCUAAAAUUUAGAUUCAUUCCUUGAACCUCGCUACCUUUGCUUUUUUACGUUUUUGGCCCUUUAUUACUUUCCCUCCUCUGUGCCUUCUCUUUACUUUGCUGCUCAAACCUCAAGAAAAAAUUAAAAAGAAAAAAAGAAGGGAAAAAAAGGAAAAAGAAAAAAGAAGAAAGAACAGAUCUUUCUCUUUCUCCUCCUUUUUUUCUAAUUUUUGUGUUGAUUUUUCUGAAUUUUCUCACUCCUACAAAUUCCUCUGCUUCCACAAUCACUCUGUUUCCUCACUUGGGUCUUUCCAUUUUCAGCUCUUCUGAAACCCCCUUUUUUUGAAACCUUCUAUUUUCUUCACAAAAUUAACUCCUCUGUUUUUCUGAACUUUCCUGAUCUGGGUUUUAGCAGCUUGAAGUGAAACUAUCACUUGUUAGAUUUCCACCUUCUACUAUUAUUAUUAGCUCAAGCUUCUGUCUUGCAAUUCAGAAAGAAAAAAAAAAAAUCAUUCUCAUGAUUAGUUUUUUUCUGGGAUGAUUAGUUGACUAAUUAGUUCAAACACCCUCAAAUUCUGUUUCUACCCAAGAUUUUUAUUUUGAUUUAAUAAAAAUAUAAAAAUAAAAAUUUCCCAUGUUUGGGAUAUUUUUGAUAGAUUUUCUCUGAUAUUGGCAUAGGUGGGUCUUUUUCUAGAUUCCUCAAGAGGGGGUAGGCAUAUUAUGCAAGAGUAAAAAAAAAAAAAAAAAACAGAAAAAAAGAAAAGAGGUGGGAGUAUUCUGAUUCCUUUCUAAUGCUCCUGCUCUCUCUUUCUUUAAUUCUCUAAAAUUGGCAUUGUAAAAUCUCAACCUCUACAUUUUUCUCUUUCUUUCUCUGUCUCUCCACCUCAUUUUUACUCAAGAAAUGAAGUCAAAACUGUCUCUUUGACAACCCCCAAGAAAUAAAUUUUUUGUCAAAAAAACACCCCAACAAAAAUUUCAUAAAAAAUAGAGUAAAUUAAAAGUGGGGUAAGUCCAAUUUUUGUGCUAAUUUGAUGAAGUGGGAGAUGGAAGUUUUAUCAUCAUACCUAUCAUCUGCAAGCUGGUUGAUUGAUGAAAGUAGGAGCACAAGUUGGACACAAGCAGAAAACAAGAUAUUUGAGAAUGCUCUUGCAGUUUAUGAUAAAGACACUCCAGAUCGUUGGCAAAAAGUGGCAGCUAUGCUUCCUGGUAAAACAGUUGGUGAUGUGAUCAAACAAUACAAGGAAUUAGAAGAUGAUGUUAGUAAUAUUGAAGCUGGUUUAGUCCCAAUUCCUGGUUAUGAUAUUGAUGCUGCCUCAGCUUUCACCUUAGAAUGGGUUAAUCACAAUGGUUAUGAUGCUUACAAGCAUACUUAUAGCCCUGGUGGCAAGCGGGGGCCGCCCGGCGCUCGGCCCCCGGAUCAAGAGAGGAAGAAGGGGGUUCCAUGGACUGAAGAAGAGCAUAAGUUGUUCUUAAUGGGGUUGAAGAAAUAUGGGAAAGGAGAUUGGAGAAACAUUUCAAGGAAUUUUGUGGUAACAAGGACUCCAACCCAAGUAGCUAGCCAUGCACAAAAAUACUUCAUAAGGCAGUUAUCAGGAGGGAAAGACAAGAGAAGAGCUAGUAUUCAUGAUAUAACAACUGUUAAUCUAGAAAAUGAAGCUCUUUCACCAGAUAAUAACAGCAAGAGGUCUAAUUCACCAGAGCAGUCCACAAUAACAGUGCAAACCCAACAGCAGGCGAAUUCGAUCACGAUGCCUAAAACACAUUUCCAGUGGGAUCAAUCAAACAACGGAACAGCCAUUGCUUUCGAUUCGAUGCAGGGUAACUUGUACAUGGCACCCUAUGGUGUUGGCUCAUAUGGGUUAAAAGUGCAAGGGCAGAAUUUGCAGAGGGGUGAUUAUCUAGAAAAUUAUGUAGGAGCUCAAAGCAUGGGUUUCCAGAUUCAACCAACACAGCACUAUCCUCAUGGAUGACAUGGGAGUUUAAUUAGUGUUAUUAACAAGGAUGUUGUCUUAAUCUUAGUAGUUUGUACUGUUUGCAUCUUUGUUUUUGGGGUUUCUUAAUUUUUAUGUUUUCUAGAAGAUAGCUGUGUUUUUGUCUCUCUGCAUGGUAUUGUCUAUGUGAAUAUUAUUAGUCCAUGAUAUUCAAAUUAUAAGUGAAAGAGACGCAAAAGAUUAUAAUUUGGCUUAGAAUAUGGAAAAUGUUGGAUUUUGUAGAGCUAAUUCUAAUGAUUUUUAUUCCAAAUGGAAUUUUCCCUUG